GUUUCCUGUUAGGGAAAAGAAGAAGAAGGAGAAAAAAACAGCUUCUUGCCCCCUGUGAUAAGAAGCGAUACUGUGUGUGUUUUCCACUUUUCCACUUUCGGUACCGGAGCCGCUGAGCCUCUGUCCUCCCCAGCCUCUGUAAGCAGAUUUACCGGACACCAUGCCUUGGUGACAGCAUUUUUUGCAAGCUAAUCCUUCCUCUGUCAGCUGACUGCCAUGCCGACACAGAAUGGCUGCUCCAUCAACACGUCCGCUUUGGACCAUAGCGAAGAUGCUGAGCCCCUCAUUGAAAAUGAUACAGUUCCUCCUCGGUGCUGCUCGGCCCGCUUCAACCUGGCUGUGCUCAUGUUCCUUGGCUUUUCUGUUGUCUAUGCCCUCCGAGUCAACCUCAGCGUGGCCAUGGUUGUCAUGGUGAACACCACUGACCCCAGGCCUGCCCCAAACAGCUCCAAACUCCCCGAGUGUCCGGUGCCUUCAGGCAGAGACAACACCAGCCAGAGCUUCUCCCAGCCUGACGGAACCCCCCAGUACCCGUGGGACUCUGAGACGCAGGGCUGGCUGCUAGGCGCCUUCUUCUUCGGCUACCUGUUCACCCAGAUCCCGGGGGGCUACCUAGCGGGACACUAUGGGGGGAGGCUCUUCCUGGGGUUAGGGGUGCUGGGCACCGCUGUCCUCACCAUCUUCACACCCUUGGCCGCCAAGAUGGGGUCCCACUGGCUGUUUGGACUGCGGGCGCUGGAGGGCUUCGGGGAGGGUGUGACAUACCCAGCCAUGAUGGCGAUGUGGGCUCGCUGGGCUCCUCCCCUGGAGCGCUCCAGUCUGACGACCCUGUCAGGGUCUGGGGGGAACUUCGGGGCCUUCGUGGCACUGCCGCUCACCGGCUACAUUGCCCAGAGCCUGGGCUGGCCUGCCGUCUUCUACCUCUGUGGAGGUGCUGGUUGCCUCUGGGCAGUGUUUUGGUUUAUUUUUGUGUCGGAUGACCCUCGAACCCAUCGUCGAAUCAGUGAACAGGAAAGAGAUUACAUCAUCAACUCCAUCGGGCCUCAGGGUACAGCUCAUGGCUGGUCCGUGCCCGUGCUGCCCAUGGUGCUGUCUGUGCCGCUGUGGGCCAUCAUCCUGUCCCAGAUGUGCGCCAACUGGUCCUACUACACCCUGCUCACCUCGCUGCCCACCUACAUGGACAACGUGCUACACUUUGAACUCAAAUCGAAUGCCUUCCUGUCCGCUCUCCCCUACCUGGGUGGCUGGCUCUUCUCGGUACUGUCAGGCGUUGUAGCCGACAGCCUCAUCGCAAGGAGGGUGCUUGGCGUCACCGCCGUACGCAAGAUCUUCACACUCACAGGGCUGCUGCUGCCUGCUGGCUUCCUGGUGGCUGUGAGCUACACCGGCUGCAGCGGCAUGCUGGCUGUCACUUUACUCACCAUCUCCUCGACUGUAGGAGGAACCAGCGCCGCUGGCGUAUUUAUCAACCAGAUAGACAUCGCUCCUCGGUAUGCAGGAGUCCUUCUGGGGAUCACCAACACUUUUGGGACCAUUCCAGGUAUCCUGGCACCAAUUGUUACCGGCUACCUUACCGAAGAUCACUCCCUGGCAGGCUGGAGGAAAGUGUUCUGGGUGGCUGCUGGAAUCUGCGCCUGCGGUGCUCUCAUCUUCACGAUAUUCGGCAGCGGAAAGCUCCAGAAGUGGGCCAUGACUGAGGAGGAGAGAGAGGAGGCGGAGGGGAAGGAAGACAGAUCCGUCAUCUCCGCAUAAAGGACUGAUGUGCAGCCCAGAACGCCUGCCCAACACUGAAGUUGCACAAAGGAAAAAAAUAGAGCAUGUGGCGGGUGUUCCUUCAUUAGAAAAGACAAAUACACAGGCAGCUGUGUUUUGCCCACAGUUUUACUGGACAAAGAAAAAAGAGAUUGGGGCUGUAUAUACAGGCUGAUAUCAUCAAACUCCACAUUCUAACGUCAUGAUCAUAAAAUGAGUGACACACACAAAAGGAAGAUGUGCUUUUCAUCACAAGGAGACAGAGAGAGAGAGUGAUAUUAAAAGAAGAAAAAAGGGGGGUGCCCUGGUGGUUCACCAGAUAAGAGCGUGUACCACUUAUUAAGGCCAAGUCUUGAUCAUAGUGUCCUGGGUUCAAAUCCGACCUCAGGCCCCUUGCUGCAUUUCAUCCCCCUUAUCUCCCCUGCCUUCCCCAUCUCUCUCUCUCUCUCUCUUUCUUUCUACUGUGACUGUCAAGUAAAGCAGAAAUGACAAAAAAAAAAUUAAAAAAGGAGGAAAAAAGUCAUAAUGUUUUACCAGGACAGCCUGCAGACGACCGCGGCUUUCAAAAAAUUCCUGUGUCUGCAGUGUUCACAGUGUUGUUGCACUCAGUACCUCCUCCUGCUUUUGCUAUAGGAAACUGUGCACCUAUAGGAGCAGACACAGGAUUCGUGAAGGUUAUAUUAUUUGCUUUUAAAACGAUUUGUUAAAAUCACGUUUUGAAUAGGGAUAUUUUAAAAAGAGGGUUGGGGAGGUGUUCAGCUGUUACUUUCCACUGUAUUCAUGCUGUGUUUAACAUGAGCCACUGUGCACAGCGCCUCAGGUUAGAGCAAAUCACCACAAUCUCUGUGACUUCUUUAUCAUAUUUUUCUUGGGAAUUAGAUGGGACCCAGUGUUUUUACAGAGAGGAAAAGUAUUUUACAGGAAAGGUUGCCAACUUGCCUAUAGGUACAUUGUUUACACGUUUCAGACCACUAAUACAGACUGUCUGUCCGUGAGGACCAACACAAGCACCUUCAUGUGCUGAAGAGCACCAAAAGCUUUUUAUAUCGUCAUGGGGGCAGUUCUUACCUUAAUGUAAGAUUUUUUUCUGGGUGCUAUCAUGCAAAGUGCCUUCCAGUGCAAUGAUUUUUAACAUUUUUUAAGUACGUUAGUGCAGUUACCGAACUACACUUUACCUCGAUCAGUUUGAUCGUCUUUUGGACUCACAAAACAACAACAACAACAACACUGUCUUUAUUGAACAUAGGAGGUUGAUCUUUAUCCAAGUGCAAUUUGCUUAUAAACUACAAUGUAAAACAGAUGCAAUAUUUUUUUUUUAUGUUCCAUGUACUUUGAAAAGGUAUGAUGUUGUAUGAAGAGGUUUGUGUUUUUAAUUUGUAUUUUUAUGUGAAAUAAUCAUUGUAUUUCUAUGUGCUGGGAAACUAAAACCAA